AUCAGUUUCAUUGGUGGAUAUCGAGUGGGUGCGGCACAAAGAGAUCACAUGCACAUUCAGCAUGCACAUUUUGAUACCCAAAGCCGUCAUAUAUAAGAUUUUGUAUGCGAGGGUUUCAUCAGAUUGACGACGUGGCAUUCAGCCUUUGCAUGCCUUCAUUUAUGAAGUCUGCUCGCUAACAUUGAGUUGUACUAUAACAUUGAUUUGUACUGGGAGUUUUUGCAUACUUGAGAGUGUAGCCCUCCAUUUUGCUCAAGAACAUGAAGAAGUAAUGGACGUGUGAACUCCUUCACUGCCACAGUCAGCUACAGAGUAACGCCUUCCAUGGGUUAAAGGAUUAUACCAGGUUGGACUACCGAAGCUGUCUGCAAGUAAACUGUGCCCACAUCACCAGCGCUAAAUGGCAGAACCACUGGAUGAGGGAGCCCAAAGACGAAAUGAGACACAAACGCUGCGGACACAAACUAACCCUGGUCCAAGCACAGCACAAGACAUUCAGACAACUCCGACCCAACAAGUACCAGCUGGUAAUGAACAACCUUCCCAGCAGGAACCAACGCAACAACCACCGCCACAACUACAGCCAAGACCGGGUGAGACACAAACUAACCCUGGUCCAAGCACAGCACCAACCAGUCAGGGAGCUCCGACCCAACAACUACCGGCUGAUGGAGUGAGGGAUGCUCAACAAACAACUCAGUCUGGCAGCAUACAGCCUUCCCAGCAGGAACCAAUGCCACAACCACCGUCUCAACUACAGCCAAGACCGGGUGAGACACAAACUAAGCCUGGUCCAAGCACAGCACCAACCAGUCAGGAAGCUCCGACCCAACGACUACCGGCUGAUGGAGUGAGGGAUGCUCAACAAACAACUCAGUCUGGCAGCAUACAGCCUUCCCAGCAGGAACCAACGCAACAACCACCACCGCAUAUACAGCCAAGACCGGGUGAGACACAAACUAACCCUGGUCCAAGCACAGCACCAACCAGUCAGGGAGCUCCGACCGAACAACCACCGGCUGAUGGAGUGAGGGAUGCUCAACAAACAACUCAGUCCGGCAGCAUACUGCCUUCCCAGCAGGAACCAAUGCCACAACCACCGUCUCAACUACAGCCAAGACCAGGUGAGACACAAACAUUUGUCUGUAAACCCUGCAUGUUAUGACUCCCCUGGCCCUGAUAUCGGUUCCCUGACAGCAUCCUUCCCCUCCAUCCUUUGCAUUGACGCUAUUAGGCACAAUAUACAGAAUAGCAUGAGUCCCUGAAACAAGGGGGACCGCACUGGUGACCUGCCCCCCUCACCCCAUGGUGAAUUACUCGGAGCAUCCGUACUACACAAUACCACAACCAAUUAGUAACUAAUUAAAACACCGAUAAGGUCACACUAU